UAACCUCUCGAAUGUCUGUUCGUCCCAGAAACGAUACCAUCUACCCAACGGGCGACGAAGGUAGUGGUGUUACGACAGACUCCAGCUCAGCUGUCCUCCUGUUCUUGUCAUUCAAAGUGUCCUUCAGCCACUUGGGACCAUCUCAGAGUCGGAUCAUCAAUAUCACUGAAGAUCUCAUUGCCCGCUGGAUCCCGAUGCAAGCUUAUGACCUGACAACAAAAACAAAAGAUCUGUGAGACAAGAUGAAGGAGAUAAGGACUAUCACCACCAGUACAAUAAUGGAGAUGUAUAUGAGAGCUGUCACCGACUUUGAGUCAUUCAGGAUAGGGAUUUUGACUUUGCGGGUCUGGAAGGCUAGGAUGAUGCCCACCACCUGCAGCAGUCCAAGGUACACAAAUAUCACCAGGUCGAGAUAAAAUGGAGC